AUGCGUAUACGUGAAUUCGUUAGUUUUGAAAACGAAUUGCGUAAAAAGAAUCAGAUGAUCCACGAACUUACUGCUCAAGAGCCAAUCAUGAGUCUGCAAGGUAGAAUCGCUGAGCUGGAGCAAUUACUGAACCAGAAGGAACAAGAGAUCUCGGUUCUGAGAUCUCACGUAAUUGAUGAUCAAGCGACAACUAUUUUGCAUACUAAGAUUGAUGAUCUCCGAAACUAUUUCGAAGAGUCGCUGAGCCGCAUCGAGAGGUCGUUUGUGGGAUUACCCUCGAACAAUGAUAUGGACAUUCGGGGUAGUUCUUAUGUAAAUUGGGGUCCAUCACAUAAUCAACUGCUUAAUCACCAAUAUGUUAACAGGCGUACUAUCAUGGAUAGUAUUACUAUGGCUCAAUUUGUUUUAUUAAAUUGGUUUAUUAAAUUUGUAGUGGAUAAAACCGUGCGAUUCCCAUCAGAUGGGGUUUACGUGAACAUCAAUGGUAGAUUGAUGUCACUAUAUGUGUCUAGAACAGUCAACGCUUGUGAUUUCGGGGAACGGUCGAUGGACCACACUGAAAACACAAUACUAAAUAAAUUUUCUGGAAUGGACGAUGCCAAACAGGCAUUUUACAAUAAUAUUAGAAGUAUCAAUGUCAUUAUAAGGGGUGCAAUACCCGAUAGAGUUAAUGAUAUAUAUGACGUAACUACCUUUGAGUCGACUUUCGGUCUCAAUUGGAGUUGA